UACAAUACACAGGUUCUUAAGACACCAUCUGCGCAGAUCCAGCGUGAGGUAAUUGUGAAAAUAAGAGAUUCACUCACUAGUUAUACAAAGUCUACGAGCUAUGAAUCCCAGAAAUCUAAAAGCCCAUGUGCAAAGAGCCAUCGACCAGAGCGCAAAUGAAAAUUUGAUGAACAUGAAGAUAGUCUCCGCGAGUCAGCUGAAGAGCGGAGACCUAAGCAUUAAGAUAGCGGUAAGUAACGAAGUUGAGGUGCUGAGACAGUUUGCAGAGGGCUGGACCCAUCGAAUUGGAACAGGAGCUGUGGUGUGAAUCCCGACGUACGGCGUCCUUGCACACGGCAUCCGUACCAGCACGAUGGAUAUGGCAAAAUUCGAAGAAAACAGAGCUCAAAUCCUGCAGGACAACAGACCAUUCAUACCCCAGGCGGAGAUUAGACAUAUAGGCUGGCUCACCAGAGACGCAUCUGCGAAACCUGCGUCAACUAUCACAAUUGAGUUUACAAGACCGGAAGACGCAAACAAAAUUAUCGACGAAGGGCUGAUCUGGCAAGGCGAGUGCAAGGCAACAACAGCAUAUGGCUACUGUGCGCAGGAGCACGACACCCGGGAAUGCCCAUCGAGAUCGAAUCGGGAGACCCCAAGGAAAUGCGCGACCUGCCGGGGCGACCACGAAACAUGGAACCGCCAAUGCCCAACGAGGAAAGACGAAACCCUGAAGGCUAAGAUCGCCUACGAGAUGCGGCCACGAUACCACCCAGUCACGGAACCGAGGACUCCAAAGACGCUUGCUACUACAAGAAUUCCAUUAACACAGACAACCAUAUCAACACAGUUCAUCCAAGCUGUAGGGAACAACCCCCGACCGAGAAGAGGACAAAAGAGAGCGAACAAUGGAACAACCGUCGAAGCAAGUGAGCAACGAAACCAGCCGCCAACAAGCUCCGCGAGCCAAAGGCCACAGAGAAACAUAAUUCCAUCCAGGAGGGCCCUAGAGGCAACCGGCGGAAACACCCAAAGCACACAAGAGACCAACCAACAGAUGAAAAUCGACUCGGAGACAGAAGCAUGAAUCAGCACACCACACUGAGCAUACUACAGUACAACGUUCACAAAUCAAGAGAUACAGUCAUGGCAACUCUGCUCAGAGACCCUUGGGUUCUUGAGUAUGAUAUCCUGGUGUCAGAUUGUGAUGGGUUGUCAAAGACGGGAUUAACUGUGUUUUAUUGUCUUGAUCGAUUAGUCUGUUGAUUGAUGUUCCUUUUUCUUUUUCAUCUCUCUCUGAUCUCCCUGAUCCCCUGAGUGAGAUCGCGGUGGAUCGUGCACGCUGACUGAUCACAGAGUUCCGGGUAGUCUUAUCAUCACCCGGAUUUUAUCAACUACCUAAUAUAUGCCCAUAUUCUGACA